AUGCCAAGUGCAGGUCCAACCAUGGAUAUAAAGGAGGGCGAAUGGAGCGAGAUCGUGAAUCGAUUUCAGGUGCUCCAAGUGGAAGAUCUACCAGACGUCGAUGAAGAAGAGAUCAUUUCGUUGGAAGACUCCUCAGAUAUUCUAUCCGAGCUGGAAGAGUCGGAAGAGAUGCGCAUGUGUCUGAUGAUUUUCUCAUUCUUCGAGGAUUUUCAUCGCAUGCAGGACUUCCUUCGUGCUAUCUGGGGUGGCUUCAAGGUAGGAAAAAUCGACCUCAUGAGUGCAAGUUUGGUCACCAAUGCAACUUUCGAUGUCGUCAGUCAAAAUGAAGAAGAAAUUCUCGCCGCUAUACCAGGGGCAAAAUCCCGAGGGAAGACUGAGAACGAAAGUCUCCGACCAACUCCGUUCGACGACUUUAUCUAUCUGUCCGUGGCACGGAUUCUAAUGAAAUUAGUGCAUUUAUGUCGGAUGCCAGAGCUACCACCGUACUUUAUCCCGGCGUUCUCAUUGAGGUCUGGUAACAUCUCUCGACCAGAGUUUCUUGGCACACCUUAUAUGAACAAGAGAGAGCAAGAAGAUGUACUUUUAUCUCACUACUUUAUGGACCUAGCUUUUGUGACGAAUUUCUGCGAUGUUCUCAAGGGUCUUUGCGGCACGAAUCUUGACUUACAGGAUAUCCUAAAAGAAGACGUCGGAAAAGGGCACCAGGACCUGAAGAAUAUUGCCAAGAAUGCUCAAAGAGCCCUUGAUUCCACGGGAGUACUUUCUGGACCAGAUAAUUUGAACAGUAUCUGGACUGUUGGACCUCAUUUCUCGGUGUGGAAAAAUCCGAUGAUCCACGAAGGGAGUCUUUCGGAUCCUGACAGAGGGGAAUUGGUCGACGGUGGCGCUGCCACGGUCGACACAGCCAUGAUCUACCCGGUUGGAAUCUUAAUGUACGGAACCAAGUCUGCCAGCCUACAGUACGGAGGACCGAUCCAAGGCUAA